AUGUGCAGGAAAUCUGAUGCUGCCGAGGGACGGCUAGUGCGUGACAGCGAUUCCACAAAUCCGAUCACACCCUCACAAAGCAAACCGGGACGACGCUUAAACGCAGGCGCCAACACCACAGUGUGGCCGUGCGAUAUUAAAUUGCUAAAUCGCUUCGCCGGCGCCAUGUCGACUUUUGUUGUCGAAAUCGCUGCGACCCAUCUCCCGACGACCGCGUGCUUUGGCACCAGUCCGUCGGUCGUCUCCCGUCACCCAACGCACAUUUCCAUCGGACGGUGUUCGGUGCCGUCCGUGUUGGUCCCUGAUCCCUGA